AUGACUGUUAACCCAAAGUCGACGAAUCUUCCCAUGAAUUCCGCUACACCGAAUAUCACUAUGACGCCAUCGAUAAUGGGACCAUUUAAGCUUGUUCUACGAUGGAGUGGUCUCGAUCUCAGUGAAGCUUCUAUAGAACAAAGCGGAUGGUUGAAGACUGUUCGCAUAGUCGUUGUGUGUAUACUCAUCUGUUUGCCGAUUUUUAUAAAAUCCCUCCUUCUGAUCACAUUCGAUACGAGGCCAAUGAGCCUCGAGUGGGCCACAAUCCUCGUCUUGGCGUUUAUGGCAUUAAACGGGCUUUGCUCGGCUCUAUGUGUAGCUGCAUGGACGAAAUCUCAGUUUCUGCCGAAAUUGCAGGAAGUGCUAGCUAAAGUGCAGAAUCAACGAAGUCCACUCUGUGGAAAAACGGGCCUGACUGGAACUUAUCGUAAAAUCGUCAUCGGCACGGUCGCCUUUAUGAUUUUAUGAUAUCCACUGAAUAUAGCCACGUUGUAUGGCUUGGACCCUAUCGUAUCUCUGCUUAUCGGAUUUGUAUCUUCAUUAGCUUUACUUAUGUACGUAUUGAUGUAUGCCCAUGUAACUCGCGAAUGGGCAGCGUUUAACGAGGAUCUCUCCAAUGCAUCUCGAAUAAAACAACUUGCGGUAAACGGUUUCUUCAUUAUGAAAACACAUAAAUCCUUUUAA